AUGAGUGAAACAUGGGGCUCUUGUCUGCACACGUUCGAGGACAGCUGUAGCGCGGUGAUCUUCUUACAAAAUUUUAAUCAGCUGGCAUUAGGGCUAGAAGACGGUAUGAUCAAGAUAUGGGACGCAGAUAGCAACACUUAUCUCAUGGAACUCAAGAGUUUUAAGUCCAACUAUCAUAUAGAGCGGGUAAUAUACUUCGAUGAAUCAUCAAAGUUGGUUGCCGUUCUGGGCGAGUACGAGAUAAUUGAGGUUUGGGAAGUUGCUACUGGCACUUGCUUAUCCACCCAGGAGUUUGAACAGGGAGUGUUGCACCAGAAAGUUCCGUUUUGCAACGAUGCAGAGCUUCGCGCAUUUGAAAAAGCUACCAUAGGAGACUCAGCCAGGAUCUUCGAUACGGCUGAGGCCAGAGAGUCAUCAAUUCUCAUGAGCCCUCAUCGCGAUGGCAGAUUCAAGUUGAAUGCUACAUUCUUUCCUUCGGGAAGAUUCUUACUUGUGAACUUCAAGACAAAUAUUAAGAUAUGGGAUGCAACCAGCAGCAGACACAUUCAGUCACUUGAGUUACCAGUGCGUAACGAAGACUCCGCUUCGACUUUUGUGGCAUCGGCUUGGGUUUCCGAUUCGGCCUUACUGGCAGUGGGAUUAUCUAAUGGCACGGUAAUCGUUUUCAGCAUCGACAGUGGUGACGUACUACAUAUACUUCAAUCUGGAGAUCCACCAGGCUGGGAUCGGGCAAAGACGGUGGCCAUAUCCUACGAUUCGAAGAGAGUAGCAACACCAUCAGGCCUAUCAAACCUUAGAAUCUGGGAUCUCAGCGACACCUCAAACCCGCAUACAUUAGUCGGCAACAGUGACGAUGAAACCAUUUUCGUAGCCUUCUUAUCUGAUUCCCGAAGACUCGUUUCCAUGUCUUUGGGAGGUGGAACAAAAAUUUGGGACAUUUGUGGCGAAGAUGUCUCUCAGAGGCUUGAUGACCAUCAAGACUGGAUUAACUCAUUGACUUGGUCCAAUGACUCAAAUUAUUUGGCGUCCGGAGCGUUCGACUCGACUAUCAAGAUUUGGGACCUUCACGGCAGAUGCUUGCAAACACUUCAUGGACACAGCGAGAGUGUCAUUAGGGUCGACUGCUUCCAUCACCCUGCACGCGUUGGAUCAUUAUCGCGGGACAAUACCUACAGAAUAUGGGACGUGGUUAGUGGCCAGUGUCUCUAUGUAUGUGAGUGGGGAGGGUCUGGUACGGUAAUCGCUCUGUCACCUGAUCUAAGGAUACUGGCCCGCACAAAAGGCACCAGUACAACAAGCAAAUGGCCAAUCCAACUUUGGGACCUUAUUCAUGACGUUAGCCUUCCAGCUUUGUGCGAUGACAGUGCUGCACAUAUCCGUUCACUCGCGUUCUCCGGCGACUCAACACAAUUAGCAGUGCUCGUGGAUGACAAGAUCGUCAGGAUUUUCGACACGAGAAGCGGUGAGUGUGUCCAAACAUUGGUUGAGACAGAUGAGACAGAUGAGGACCUACGAUACUCACUGCCUUUUGGUCAUUACUCUGUCACCUUCUCCAAGGAUGCGAUACGGCUAGUGUCUGCGUGGGGUAAUGGCACUAUCCGAGUCUGGGACAUAAGCAGCGGCAGGUGUCUACAUACUAUCGAAACUGCCAUACUAUCCACAGAUGUAUCAUUCGAUCAGAGUGGGUGGUUCCUUCUGACUGACUUUGGCCGUAUCGCGAUACCUGAAUCUUCGGACUUGGAAGGAAAUUUGGCUGGCUCAAUCAAUCAUUCCCCAGCAUCCCAUGGUGUAGGGCUGAGCCCAGAUGGGUCAUGGAUCACUUACAACUCGUUUGAAGUUUUAUGGUUACCGCCAGAGUACUAG